AUGGCUCCGCUUGCCAAAUCCCUGGCCCUUGCCGGCUCUCUCCUGGCAGCCUUCGGCUCUGCCGCUCCUUUGAACAAGCGCGACAACGGCAACAACGUUCAUGUCGUCUAUGAGACCGCCACCACUGUCGUCUGGACCACCGUGGAUCUCACCACCACUAUCUAUGCCAACAUUCCCGCUCCCACCGCGGCUGCUCAGACCACCGUCGUCUCCGUCCCUCAGGCCGCUCCCACUGUCCAGGCCCCGGAGCCCGAGCCCGAGACCACCAGCGAGGAAGCUCAACCCACUCAGCCUCAGCCCACGACCACCCAGGUCGAACAGCCUGAGCCUACUCAGCCUGCCGUGACUUCUGUGGCUCAGCCUACUUACACCCCGGAGCCCCAGCCUGAACCCCAGCAGCCCACCACCACCGCCGUUGCCCAACAACCCACCACUACUGCCGCCGCUCAGCCUGCUCCCACCACUGGUGGCAGCAGCAGCAGUGGAAGCAGCGGCAGCAGCAGUAGUGGCGGAUCUUGGAGCACGGGUGAUUUGACCUUCUACGACACUGCUACCUCCUCCACUAGCCCCAGCAGCUGCGGCUGGACCAACGACGGCUUGACCGAAAACGUUGUCGCGUUGUCCCACGAGGUCAUGCAAGACAGCGACUGCGGCCGCAUGAUCACUAUCGAGUACAACGGCAAGACCACAACCGCAAAGGUCGUUGACAAGUGUAUGGGCUGCAACGCCGGCUCCGUUGAUCUGUCUCGUGCUGCCUUCGACGCCGUGGCCUCCGCAGUCGAUGGUCGCGUGCAGGGCAAGUGGAAGUUCAAUUAA